AGUCAGUCAGUCAUGAAGCCGCGGCAGCGAGGCCACUCGUCCUCCGCGGAAAGCUCCUACGAUAGGAGUCCUCCAAGUCUGAGGGAAGACAAUAGUGAAGGCAUGCCCCCUGCACAUGUUUUCACUGCCCUUCUUCAAAUGCAAAGUGCAGCGAUGUCCCACGGUAUGCUUCCCAGCGCACUCAAGGAUACAGAAGCCCUCUUGUCGGCAGUGCACCAGUCACAGAUGCUGUACUACAGUUACUGCUCCCAGCUGAUUCAUACACUCAAGGCAAAACAAAUAGAGCAGCAAACGCAACAGCCACAACAGCAUCACCACAGGCAUCACGACCAUCAACUAAACCAUUACCCCCUCGCACGCCAACAACAGCAGCAUCAGCAUCAACUGCAUCAGCACCACCGACGAUUCCAUCAACAAAAGCAGCCUCGUCACCACCAUGAGCGAACCCCAGAACAACCUCGUUUGAGCAGCGAGUCCGAUUCUGAAAGGCGCACACCACUGGAGGAGGCAAGGAACUACGAGAGUGAGGACACCGAAGAGGACUUUCAUACGACAGAGGACGACACACUCUCCAUCCUCCGCACGAGACUUAACAGCCAGGAGGCCCAGCAACUAUGUCUGGAACAGAUGUCUCCUUCAGCUGAGUCACCAAGCGGUACCCUUCCCUCGAGCACCACUGGCGGUGAAGACAUGGACCAAUCACAGAUGGAGGCAUCAGGUGGCACACGCAAAAGAGCCCCGCGUGCUCUCACUGGCAAGCACGUCAGACCAGGUACGGGCGCGUCUGCUAGUACCCUCAUCACGCUGCGUCAGAAGCUACAAGAACGUCAGAAAUACCGAGAAGUUUAUGGCGUUGAUCCUCCACAACCUACCAAGACCACCAAGGGGCGAGCCAAGAAACGAUAAAGACUAAGGUGGACAGAGGUGGUUCUCCCUGACGGUAUUAUGAAGAGGUACCAAACUAAAGACGUGCAGAGAUGGCCCAGGGCGCCCAACGCCUUAGCGGCUAACUAUAUAAGAAUCAGUGAAAGGCUGAUAGUACCUGUAGCUGUGUCUUCUCUGCACGGAAACUAUAGAUAUUUUGCAUCAGAUAAAAGCAUAUCACGCCCUGCGGCCGAGAACCCGUGGCUAGGACACGCACUGCCAUCUACCUGUUGCACUGGUGCGUGUUUCAAACCUCAGAUUUCCACUCUUGCUGACGAUGCCGUCGGCAGCGUCACGUCGGCUAGUGCAGGACAGAGACAGGUCAUGAUGGCUUAAAGAAUCCGCAUCAGUAACCCAUCAUUUCGCCAAAUCACAAGUCUGGCCAAGAGUUAUGUCUGUAUCCAGUGCCCCACCCCUGUAACACGCACCUCACGCACGAACUCAGCGCGGCAGCGACAGCUAUAUAAAGUGCAAUAUAUAUAUAUAUAUAUAUAUAUAUAUAUAUAUAUAUAUAUAUAUAUAUAUAUAUAUAUAUAUAUAUAUAUAUAUAUAUAUAUAUAUAUAUAUAUAUAUAUAUAUAUAUAUAUAUGCAAUACAUCCAGCAUAAAAGGAUAAAACAAAUAUUUGUUACUGAAUUAUUUGUCUCUUUGCUAGACUGCUUAUGUAAAAUAUAUCAUACUUGAAACAUCCACAAUGACAGCCGACAGCCAUCACCAUGAUCCUCCUCGUCUUCGGGAUAACACCCGCUGCAAUUUCUUUCGCACUGUAGACCCUACGAAGUUUUUUAUUCAGUUUUCCCAAAUCGGUAAUUCCGCUGCCUGGAGCACAUAGGGUCUAAACAGUUUUCUUAAGCAAUAAGUCAACAAACUCACUUUGGGUCUUGCCUUAAGUGACUUGACUCACAGUAGUGCCUCAGACUUUACAACUCAGUGGUUGUGUCAAAAUUGGAGACGAUGUAUAUGUAAGUUUGUCGGUGUGAAUCUAAAGUGAAACGAAUUCUUUGUUCAUCUUCCUUUAAAAGAUUGAAUUUUCAAAUUUUUCUUUUGACACAUUCCAUCCAUACAAGUCAUUCCUGCAGUAUUGUCCGGCUCGCCGGCGCUGCUGUCCCUCCUUGUAAUGCUUCCCCGCCUCAUUACUGGGAAGAUUUGUAAAACAUUUUUAUAACUUGCUGGCCAAGAAAUUUGUCACCGAAUUUCCUGUGGAAAUUAAUGUAUGGGCAUUUAUUAGACAAUCACUGUAAAUAGCACUGAUCAUUAAAAUCUCUAUAAACUUACAUUUCUAGUACAUGAAUAUGUUCUUCCCUUCAUAUCUGUUCCUCAGUGUAGUGAAAUAAAAGAUAUUGUUUGCAUAUAAUUGUUGAGCUAAACAUGUCUCCGUUCCGUUCCCACUGCACCUCACAUACCCGCCAAUACGAAAGACCAAAAUCACCGCUGCCUCGGUCACAUCUCAGCUUCAUCUCAGAUAUUGUCACAAAAAAUAAAUUAUUCGCGUCCAAUUCACGUCCGAGACUGCGUAUGAUGGUCCUUCUCUCUCUCUCUCUCUCUCUCUCUCUCUCUCUCUCUCUCUACUUCACCUUCAUCUCCUUGUCCUGUUUCCUUCCGUUCCACCUCGUCUUGCUCCACCCUUAUCUCUGCUUGGUACUGCAUUCUCCUGUUCUGCCUCUUUCUGCUCCAAACUCAUUUCCGCCUCGUCCUGCUCCACCUUUCUGCUCCAUCCUGUUCCACCCUCAUGUCUCCCUCCUCCUGCUUCUUCCUAUCAUGUUUCGUCUUGCUCCACUUGCCUCAUCCCGCUUUACCCUUCUGUCCCAUCUUGUCUUAUUCCCUUCUCCCUACUUCGUCCUGCUCCAACCUUCUGUCCUGCCUCGGCGUGUUCCACCCUUCUGCCUCACCUCGUCCUGUCCCUUCCCCAUCCUCCACUCUACACCUUCCUUGCAGAAGACGGUUCCUUCCUGAGAGAUUUCUCAUCCUUUAAUGUCAUACAAACUUUUUUAUGUUUUAUACAACCUUGCCAAUAAAGUAUUGCAUCUUU